GAGGAAAAAAAAAAAGAUUCGUUCAUUUGGCUGAACGACAUUCGCAGAUCCGAGUCAGUAAAACGAUCCGAGUCAGUAAAAUGAUCCGAACUUCCCAUCACCAGUGUGAAUGCGCCUUAAAAACAGUCAGAGGUUCACCCCCCGAUGACGUCACUCUGGAAGCAGAAGCAGCCUACUGGCAUGGGCGACUUACAUCCGGGGAUCUGAGCGUCGCUGCAGAGAUGUGCUGAUGUGAAGUGGGAGUGAGCGGACAGGAUUCCUCCCUCUGCGAGAAAAAAAAGACCAAACUGCAGCGAAAUAAAAUACAGGUGUUAAACUGGACCUUACUGUAGACCACCAUAUUAGUCUACAGUAAUGCACUUCUCUCUUGCUGGGAUACAAAGGGAUCUCUCUCUCUCUCACUCUCUCUCGCUCACUCUCUCUCCCUCCCUCCUCUCUCUCUCUCUCUCCCAGUUCCGUUCUUCCACCUAUCCAAUCUCGCCAGCUAGUGAGAGAGUCCGCUAACACGCUAGCCAGUUGAUUAGCUAAUACCUGUCUCACCGUUCACUUCUGGAGCUAGCGACUAGUGACGGGUAGUUCAGCUGCUGGUUAGUCUGACAGCUGGUCUGUGUGGUGCUGACGGAGAUAAUCUCUGCAGUGUUUGUAUUUCGGCUUGACGUUCAGCAAAGCCCUUUCAGGAGAUUGACAAAAAUGGGUGCUUUCUUGGACAAGCCAAAGAUGGAGAAGUUUAAUUCACAUGGGGAGGGAAACGGCGUGCGCUAUGGCCUGAGCAGCAUGCAGGGAUGGCGGGUGGAGAUGGAGGACGCACACACGGCGGUCAUCGGCCUUCCUCAUGGCCUGAACACCUGGGCGUUUUUUGCCGUGUAUGAUGGCCACGCUGGCUCUCAGGUGGCGCGCUACUGCUGUGAACACCUGCUGGAGCACAUCACCAGCAACCCGGAUUUCAGAGGCGGAGGCCCAGGUGGAGGCAAUGAAGUUUCUCAUCCCGAGCCGUCGGUGGAGAGCGUGAAGAAUGGCAUUCGCACAGGCUUUCUGCAGAUUGACGAGCACAUGCGGGCUAUUUCAGAGCGCAAGCAUGGCUCUGACCGCAGUGGCUCCACGGCCGUGGGAAUCAUGAUCUCUCCGAGCCAUUUGUAUUUCAUCAACUGCGGUGACUCACGGGCUCUGCUGAGCCGUGGUGGCCGUGUCCACUUCUUCACUCAAGACCACAAGCCCAGCAACCCUUUAGAAAAGGAGAGGAUUCAGAAUGCGGGCGGCGCCGUUAUGAUUCAGCGAGUCAACGGCUCUCUGGCUGUCUCUCGUGCUCUUGGAGAUUUUGACUACAAGUGUGUGCAUGGGAAAGGCCCUACAGAGCAACUGGUAUCUCCAGAGCCUGAGGUGUAUGAGAUCGAAAGGUCAGAUGCAGAGGAUGAGUUUGUGGUACUGGCCUGUGAUGGAAUCUGGGACGUCAUGACCAACGAGGAACUAUGUGACUAUGUGCGCUCGCGGCUAGAGGUGACCGAGGACCUGGAGAUGGUGUGUAAUGAAAUAGUGGACACCUGUUUGUACAAGGGUAGCCGUGACAACAUGAGCGUGGUACUGGUAUGUUUUCCAGGUGCACCUAAGAUCAGUCCAGAAGCCGUGAAGAGAGAAGCAGAGCUGGAUAAGUACUUGCAGAACAAAGUAGAAGAACUCAUUAAGAAGCAGGGCGUGGACAGCAUUCCAGACUUAGCCCAUGUGAUGUGUGUGUUAGCGACGGAGAGCAUCCCUAACCUUCCACCUGGGGGAGAGCUGGCUAGCAAACGCAGCGUUGUGGAGGAAAUGUACAAUAGACUCAACCCAAACCAAAGUGACAGCACAUGUGGAGCCACCAACUGGGGCAAUGUAUGCGGAUCCUCCAGGCUGUAAACAGGAUCCUUUCUUUCCCACAUAUACUUUUUACACACUGUUUGAAGAAAAAGAUGCUGAUCUCAUGAUACGACAACACGAGGGGCUUCCAGUUUUAAGACUACUGUAAGAAGACCUACUGCUACCUCUAAUUACACACUUUGUAUACUGCCUUAAAUGCUGUCACAGAAAGACAGAUACAGGAAUAAUAAUGAGGACAACUGACGUCUGGGAACAUGAAUAUAUGUAGCAUGUGCUGAAAGCAAUUCCUAUUCAAGAAUAAAUUACAUAUUAUGUAUGGGCAUUCAUAUAAGCUUCUUGGUAAAUAUGAUGAAAUCACUUACUGGUGUGUGUUGCAGUUGCUCCUGCUCUUUCUUUGCAUGUUAGAUUCGAAAUGAGUCUAUAUAAAGUGAGAUGUCUUGGUGAAUCAGUGGGAAAUUUAUAUUCUUUAUUUGUGAAUGUUCUUUUUUCUGUUCAACAUAUUGCAGUUAAGUACAUCUAUGGGUCAUCAUUCAAAAGCUGAAAAAUCAAUGCAAUUCCAGAAUACGUGAGGUGGCUUGGCAAAAUCUGUCAUAUGACGGUGUGGCUGAAUUGAAGUGAAGAAAAAAACAAACAACAACCACCGUGGCAAAUAAUUAAAAAAUAUAUGUAUUUUCAUCAAAAUGUUAAUACACAGUUCCUUAAAAAAAUAGAAUCAAAAUAAUUGUGGCCUGUGCAAAAUUUUGAACACCCUUCCAGUUGUAAUUACGUGUUAGGCCAUAAUUGACUCAUUAGGACUCGUUUGGAAGGUCAAGAAUUGUCAUUAGGAAUAACAGUUUCAGAGCAUGAUGAAUUCUCUGAAACUUAUUGAUGCUUACAGAGCAGAGGAAGGCGUAUAAGAAGAUAUCGCUUCCAGCUCACAGUUUCCACUGUCUGCAAUGUCAUUAAGAAAAAUAAGGGGAACUGUAUAAGUCGAGGCAAGCUCUAGAAGGUCUAGAACACUAAGAUUUGAAUUAAGAAUUGUCCGUAUGCUGGGCAGAAAGGCAAAUCAGCAUCCACAAAUGACAGCAAGGACUUGCAGGAAGGUGUAACUGACACAGGAGUGGUUGUGCACAGUUCUACUGUGUAGUGUUGGUUUUAGAAAUUUAGUCUGCAUGGAAGAGUCAUCAGAAGGAAACCUUUUCUGAUGUUUGCAAAACAACAUCUAGGUAAGUCAGAGGCUGUGGACUGAUGAAGUAUACCUGUAACUCUUUGGCUACAAUAACCAAAAGAGCAGUGUUUGAUGAUGAGAACAAUGCCAAUUGUUGAGAUUGACGUAGAUCUAUUAUGCUUUGGGGUUAUGUGGCAGUCUGUGGCACAGAUAGAAGAAUGGAUUCCAGUAAAUAUCAGCAAACGUAAUUCUGUCAAUCAAGAACCUGAAGCUGAAAAGAAAUUGGCCUCUUCAACAAGACGAUGAUCAAAAAUGAGGUUGCGGGUAUACCUCGAAAUCCACAAUAAACUACUUCAAGAAAUGCAAGCUGAAACUUUUCGAAUGGCCCUCACAGUCCCCUGAUAUAAACAUCAUUGAAAAUUUGCAGGUAAAUAUCAGAAUUUCUCACAGCUAGAAGAGUGGGUGAAAAUGUAUUAAACAAGAAUGAAAGUGUAUGCAGCCUGUCAUAUCUGUCAGACUCGGUGUUAUGAAGUUACUGACUUCGUAGGGUGUCCAAACUUUUGCACAUGCCAUAAUUACUCAUUUUAAAUGCUUGUCACAACAGUUUUUUUUUUUUUUCACUUUUCACUUCAAAAAUCAACAAAAUGUAAUUUGGCCAGGGGUGCUCAAACUUUUGCAUCCAACUGUAUAUGCAUAAUAAAUGGCACAGUUUUCACUAUGCCAUCCAUAUGGUGCUAUCAAGUCAGGAAAUUUGCCAUUUUAGUUAACCUUUACUUUAUAUCAUUACUCAGCCAUCUACUAUUGCAAAGUCUCUACCUCUUAACUGACUUACCUCUUUUUGUGAGCGCUGUUGGUUUACUAUGGUACGAUUGCUCAGAUUUUAAAUUAACAAUAAUGAUCUCUCAGCAGUAAACAUCAAUAUCAGUGAUUUCUCAGUAACUGUAUUUGUGUAAUAUCAGUGCAAUUGUUUGUGCUUUGUUUCGGUCAUUGGUCUGCCACUCUCAAAAUGUUGUAGAUGAGUAUUGGUCAGCGAUCAUAUUGAGACUGUUUGCUUACCCUUUGCUUUGAACAUCAAAGGAAGAGACUUUGACUCUCUGUGACUAAAAUAAGCUCCACUUCCCUUUGAGUGUGUCCGGUAUAUGCACACCCAUGAUUGAAAUGACAAUUAGUGGUGUGCUUUCUCACAAUGCCUGAUAAUGCAAUGCAAAUUGAAUAGAAAAAAAAAUUAUUGAUUGCUUGUUAACAUAAAUAGACCCAGGUCAAGACAAGGUUGUCUAGUAUUUGGUUACACUUGCUUAACGUUGAAAACAGUUGUGGCUUGUCCAUAGGGGCAGGGGGGCAGAACCCCACUCUAUAUCUCAGCUGCACAACAAAUCUUAAUCUUCAUAAAGUCUUCACUCUCAGCUCCAUAUAUUUAAAUCUCCAUUGAAAUACUAAUUGCUCUUUUGAGUGACUAACCCAAUGCUUCAUUGAUUUGCCUGCCUUUUCAGAUGUUGUGUAGUUGCAGGGCAGCAACCCCUUUUAGCAGUAUAGACUUACUAUUGCACGUAGUGGUCAAAAAUGCGAACUGCAACAAACACAAGGUCCAUUGCGGCAGGCAUCGUUCUGCCACAUGCUCGCUUUACUAUACGAAUAUUUUCAGCGGAAGAGGAGCAACGGUCAGGACAGUUAACGACAGGGUUGCCACGGGGAUCAUUUAAAAAUGCUCUGCGGCCGCCAAGAUCUUGUUUUAUAGCAAGUAAUCCGAAUUGAAUCUAAUUAAUUUCUGCAAAACAAAGGCAAACUGUUAGUGCAGGCAGUGUGUCUAUGACGUACAGAAACAUUUCUGUUGUAAGAUAUAUUGCAAGGAUUUGGAGAGGGAAAGGAGGAUUAUGGAGUGGUGUUGAACACAGUUGAACAAAUUGAGCUGUUAGACUGGAUAACUGUAUGCUGUCGACUGCAUAUUACAGGGUUACUCUAAAAAUUCACUAGAUAUUAGCCCAUAGCAUAAGUCAUGUGUGACAACCUCUUGAGUUAAUUUUGUUUGAGGUUAUGCUUUUAUUAAUUCGGUCCUGCCCCACCAAAUCUAUGGUCACAAGCCAUUGCUUAUUGAAAGUGAGAUGUUCUCUAGUGUUUUAGUGGAUGGGGUAGUUGUCAUAAACUUCUCUGUGUAUUCUUUAUGUAAUAUUUUUAAAGCACUACAUGUUCCUUAGUACUUCUGUGUAUUUAAAUAAGUAUUUUUAUGUGCAUCGUUGUUCCCACUGAUGAUGCCAGCUUGAACUAUAUACACUAUAAGGCUAAAACUAUGUGGACACCUGACCAUCAUUCCCAUAUGUGUUUGUUGAACAUCCCAUUCCAAAGUUGGUACCCACUUUACUGCUAUAACAGCCUCCAAUCUUCUGAGAAGGCUUUCAAGUAGAUUUUAUAACGUAGCUGUGGGGAUUUGCCAAUUUAGGCAUGAGGACGUUAAUGAGGUCAGUCACUGAUGUUGUGUGAGCAGGGCUGUAAGUCUUUGCUCCAGUUCAUUCCAAAGGUGUUGGGAUUGGACAGGAUUGGACCACUUAAUUACAUUGAAGGGAAAUCUUAAAGCUACAGCAUUCAAAGACAUUGUAUUCAAUUGUGUAUUGACUUUGUGGCAACAGUUUCAGGAAGGCCCAUAUAUGGGUGUGAUGGUCAGGUGUCCACAUACUUUGGCUAUAUAUUGACCAUAUCAGUAGAUGUACUAUUAAUUUAACAUUUUGUGGAAUCUCUCUGUAGGUGUGUUUGAAUAAUGAAUGUUCACUAUGAAGUUCAGUAUGACCAAGAGUAAGAUAUUUAUUCAAAUAUAUAACUCUUUUUCUCCCAUUGUGUUCAGCUCUUUUGUAGUUGCUAGUAAAUGCAGCAAUUUGUCAAGCGUGGGUCAACCAAAGUCCAUGGUAUGACACACAAUUUUGUACUUUUUCGCCAAAAUAACUCAUGUACAAUAGAAGCUAGAAGUGAAUUUGUAGUGACUUUGGAUAAAUGACUAACAUUUAUUCUUUUUGUGUUUCUGGAUUUUUUUUUUUUUUCCUCUUUCUUUUUCCAUUUAGUUCCUUAUCCGAAAGAAUACCAUCCCUGAUUCACUGUGGUCUGAUUUUGUUCAUCAUUAAUAAACAUUAAUCAUGUCUUCA